CCGGGCCUGGGCGGCCGCCCAGCGCCGGGCUCGGGUGAAAGGGCGGCGGCGCGGUGGGCGGGGCCGAGCGGCUGCGGAGGGGCCUUGCAGCGGCGGCCGCGGUGGGUGCUGCGAGCUCGCUCGCGUAGCGGCGUCGGCGCCGCGCCGGGGUCUCCAGCAUGUCGGAGCUGAGGCAGAGGGGGGCGCGCGACCCGGACGCCCCGCCCGAGGACAAGGAUGCAGAAGUCAAGACUGAGGGGGAGACAGCGUCGGACAGUGAGAGCCGAGCGGAAGCCGCUCCCAUCCCUGCCCCUGUGGACGAUACCCCCGAGGUGCUCAACCGGGCGCUCUCGAACCUGUCGUCCAGAUGGAAGAACUGGUGGGUGAGAGGCAUCCUGACCCUGGCCAUGAUUGCGUUUUUCUUCAUCAUCAUUUACCUGGGACCAAUGGUUUUGAUGAUCAUUGUGAUGUGUGUGCAGAUCAAGUGCUUCCACGAGAUCAUCACCAUCGGCUACAAUGUCUACCACUCCUAUGACCUGCCCUGGUUCCGGACCCUCAGCUGGUACUUCCUGCUGUGUGUGAAUUACUUCUUCUACGGGGAGACCGUGACCGAUUACUUCUUCACUCUGGUCCAGAGGGAGGAGCCUCUGCGGAUUCUCAGCAAAUACCACCGCUUCAUUUCCUUCACCCUCUACCUGACAGGAUUCUGCAUGUUUGUGCUGAGUCUCGUCAAGAAGCAUUACCGACUGCAGUUCUACAUGUUUGGCUGGACUCACGUCACGUUACUGAUCGUUGUAACCCAGUCACAUCUCGUUAUCCACAACCUGUUCGAAGGAAUGAUUUGGUUCAUUGUCCCCAUUUCUUGUGUGAUCUGUAAUGACAUCAUGGCCUAUAUGUUUGGCUUCUUCUUUGGCCGGACCCCCCUCAUCAAGCUGUCCCCGAAGAAGACCUGGGAAGGCUUCAUUGGGGGCUUCUUUGCUACCGUGCUGUUUGGUCUUCUGCUGUCCUAUGUGAUGUCGGGUUACCGAUGCUUCGUGUGUCCCGUGGAGUACAACAACGACACCAACAGCUUCACUGUGGACUGUGAGCCCUCGGACCUGUUCCGCCUGCACGAAUACAACAUUCCUGGAGUCAUCCAGUCGGCCAUUGGCUGGAAAACAGUGCGGAUGUACCCCUUCCAGAUCCACAGCAUCGCCCUCUCCACCUUCGCCUCGCUCAUCGGCCCCUUUGGCGGGUUCUUCGCAAGUGGAUUCAAACGCGCUUUUAAAAUCAAAGACUUUGCCAACACCAUCCCUGGCCACGGAGGCAUCAUGGAUCGCUUUGACUGCCAGUAUCUCAUGGCCACCUUCGUCAAUGUCUACAUCGCCAGCUUCAUCAGGGGCCCUAACCCCAGCAAGCUGAUCCAGCAGUUCCUGACCUUGCGGCCGGACCAGCAGCUCCACAUCUUCAACACGCUCAAGUCUCAUCUGGUCGACAGGGGGCUGCUGACGCCCAUCACAGAGGGUGACGAGUAGGGGCCAGCGGGGCCCGCAGAGAAGGCGCAGGACUGGGCGAGGGCCGGGCUCCGUGGCCAGCCCCCGCUGUCCACUUUGACCAGGAUGAGGCUUCAACUCACUGUCUUUGUCUGUCUUUUUUUUUUUUUUAAGAAUACUUCUGAUUCGUGGGUGAAA